CUCAACACCGCUGCGCUGUACUUAGCUUUGGAGAACCUCGUUAAGAACCUCGUGGGUUCCAUCUUGCAUCUGCGCUCCGACUGAGCCAUCUCCAAGCAGAGGAUGCUUGCUGGACUGGCAGCGCUGCGCAGGACUGCGCAGUGCAGCGAUGCAUUGUUAGCGGCAGCGGCGUGUGCCGGCCGACCAGGUGUGUGGGGCCAGCUGUCUGGCCAUGCAUCCUCAAGCCGUCCGUCUAGCACCUACACGCGCCCCGAGACGCACUCCACGACCAUCCUGUGCGUGCGCAAGGAUGACAUGGUGGUCAUGAUUGGCGACGGGCAGGUGUCGGUGGGCUCAGUGUCGGUCAAGCCAAACGUGCGCAAAGUGCGCCGCAUCGGCGAGGGCGUGGUGGCGGGAUUUGCAGGCUCGGCGGCGGAUGGCCUUUCCCUGCUGGAGCGGCUAGAGAUGAAGCUGGAGGAGCACCCAGGGCAGCUGCUGCGUGCAGCGGUGGAGCUGGCUAAGCAGUGGCGGCAAGACAAAGCGCUUCGCUUCCUGCAGGCGGAGCUGCUGGUAGCGGACGCGAGCACGACGCUCACCAUCUCCGGCAACGGCGAUGUUCUGGAGCCUCAUGACGGAGUGAUGGCCAUUGGCAGCGGCGGCAACUUCGCUCUGGCCGCGGCGAGGGCGCUCAUGGACGUGCCAGAGAUGGAUGCAAUGACCAUUGGCACCAAGUCGAUGAAGAUUGCGGCCGACAUGUGCAUCUACACCAACGACAACUUCACCAUCGAGAGCAUUAACCUGAGCCUGCCGGGCGCGGCGGGCGGCAGCGGCGCGGCGGGCGCGGCGGGGGGCAUCACGCACUACCCCUAACGACGUUCAGGAUGCGGGUGCCGAUGGCAGGCAGCUUGAUUGGGGCGUGGUACUGUGAGGACGUGCACGUGCACGUCUCAUGUGUCUGCAUGUGUAUGUGUGUGUGAGUGGCUGAGGGGAAGAUGUGUGUUUGUGAUGUACCAGUAGCCGGUUGGUGGGGCCUGAGGUGCGGGUGUCCUCCCUUGCGGCAGUCGAUCCCUAGAGUGGGUUCGCCUUCGCUGUGCCUUUGGGUGUGGAGACGGACCUUGUGCUGCGUGGGUUGCAAUUCUUAACCCCCCUGGGUGAUAUGAUCUGUGUAGCUGGUGAGUAUGCUACAGUCAAGCGCUAGGACUUGUGUAUUGAGGGGGGUAACGGGAAAUCCGCGUGUCGGCAAAGGCAGACCGUCCAAGUCACCCGCGUUUCCACACCCAAGUCAUUGCGCAACGAAUUGCUCAAGUGACGUCACCACCGACGAAUUGCUCCGAAAAUCAAACAACCGAAUGGUCACUGAGCUGGGAGGUGGAAGAAAGCCGAAAGCUGGGAAAAAAACCGCCA